AAGCACCGGGUGACGGCGACCAGGUUGGCUGCGGGGUGAUGAGCGGUGUCCCCCAUGGAGCUCCUGAAGAAAUGGCUGGGCCACCCCGAGGAGAUCUACAACCUGCUGCGGUUCAAAAUGGGCGGCUACCGGGUCGUCACGCCGCGGAUCGACCCGGACUCGCUGGGAGGAGGCCUCCGAACCUGCUACCGGUACCUCAACCAGACCAGCCGAAGCUUCGCCGCUGUCAUUCAGGCCCUGGACGGAGAGCUGCGCCAUGCUGUCUGCAUCUUCUACCUAGUUCUCCGUGCCCUGGACACUAUAGAGGAUGACAUGACCAUCAGCUUAGAUGUGAAGGUCCCAAUGCUGCAUGAGUUCCACUCCUAUCUCUAUCAACCAGAGUGGAAAUACACAGAGAGCAAGGAGAAAGACCGGCAGGUGCUGGAGGACUUCCCAACGAUCUCCAUGGAGUUCAGGAAUCUGUCAAAGGUCUAUCAGGAUGUGAUCUCAGAUGUUUGCCACAAGAUGGGUGUGGGGAUGGCAGAGUUCUUGGAGAAGAAGGUGGACUCUCAGCUGGAGUGGGAUACGUAUUGCCACUACGUCGCCGGGCUGGUGGGCAUCGGCCUCUCCCGGCUCUUCUCUGCAUCAGAGCUGGAAGAUCCCAUCGUGGGGCAGGACACAGAGCUGGCCAACUCCAUGGGCCUCUUCCUGCAGAAGACCAACAUCAUCCGUGACUACUUGGAGGACCAGCUGGAGGGAAGGGAGUUCUGGCCCCGAGAGGUUUGGAGCAGAUAUGGCAAGAAGCUGUCAGAUUUUGCCAAGCCAGAGAACAUUGACAUGGCUGUGCAGUGCCUGAACGAGCUCAUCACCAACGCCCUCCACCACGUCCCCGAUGUCCUCACCUACCUAUCCCGCCUGAAAAACCAAAGUGUCUUCAACUUCUGUGCUAUCCCUCAGGUGAUGGCUAUUGCCACGCUGGCUGCCUGCUAUAACAACAAGCAAGUGUUCAGGGGCGUGGUGAAGAUCCGGAAGGGACAAGCUGUCACUCUGAUGAUGGAUGCCACAAGCAUACAAGCUGUCAAAGCCAUCAUGUACCAGUAUGUGGAAGAGAUCUACCAGAAGAUCCCAAGCACAGACCCCUCAUCCAACAAGACGCAGCAGAUCAUCGCCUCCAUCCGCGCCGUCAGCUUGCCGGGCAGCCCCAUGGCCUCCCGGCACCACUACUCCCCCAUCUACCUGUCCUGUGCCAUGCUCCUGGCUGCCUUAAGCUGGCAGUACCUCACCUCUCUCUCCAGGGCCACGGAGGAGUACGUCCAGGCGGGUGAGAACUGAGGGGCAGCGGGCAGGCAGGGGGCAGAGACGGUCAGCGGAUGGGCAGCGGAGGCAGGAGGCUCCUCGUCCCCUGCCAGCGCGGAGGGCCGGGCACCGGCGUGCCCUGGGGCCUGGGACAGCGACCAGGAUGGGACAGCAGUGAGCUGCAGCCCGGGGUGAUGGUGCAGUGCUGCUGGGCCCUGCUCCUCACCGCCCUUGCAGCCUCUCGGGUGGUUGCAAACAGCAAUUGGAGCCCUACUGCUCGGGGUUGAGUAGGUGUUCUUCACUUCUUCCCCUCCGGACUGCUGGCCCAGCUUUAUCUCCUUGGGUUAGGAUGGGUUUAGGUAGAAGUUCAGUGGCCUCUCUUCUUGCUUGAGAUGUGAGACACUUUUCCAGCUCAGAGCUGAGCAAAACCUUCUGGGUUUUGCCUCGAUCCUCUUCCCCAUUGCCUCUGCUGCAUGCUUCAUGCUGGAAGGAUGCUGCCUCGUCUGGGAGAGGAACAUCUUUACUCAAGGAAGAAAAGUUCUAGCCACCUUCUAGCCCUCAGGCCAGGCUGACUGAUAUCCUGGAAACAGGCAGAGGCAACCUGUUGUGCUGAAGGGGGCUCCUAGGCUUGAAACAAGCCCUUUAAAUGAAGUUGGAGGUGGCGUGCACUGUGCAGCAUGUUGCCAGCUGAAGGCCACCUCCUGCAGCUCCAUGCUCUAGCAGAUGGUAUGUGGCACUUGCAAAGCUUCUGGGGAGGUGGUUCGAAGGAGAAGGGAACUGCUUGUGUGGCCCUGAGCUCAGAACUCUGUGCCUGGCUGCUGCAGGAUCUGAGCUCUGCCCCACUUCAGCCCAAGAGAAGGCGCCACAGCAGAGCAGCAUCGUGGCAGCAGUGCCAGGUGCCUCUGCAAGGCUGAGGAAUGAAGAUUUGCACCACGGGGUGCUUCUGUGUGGGCCUUUGUGCAUUUGGCACCCUGAAAGGCAGCAGUGAUCUCUGCCAUGGGCUGGGAAAGCUUAAGUCACUGAGGGGUAGUGAAGGCAGCUUUCCCUUGCCCCCUGGGCUCUUGCUUGGGCCGAUGAAGCAUCAGGGUUGGGCUGAUGUGCAAGCUGGAAGAGGCUUCUGCUGCUGCUUUGAAACACAACAGGCUGGACUUCAGGAUUGAAGAACACUUUAAAGGCAAGUCCUCUUUUCUUGGGGUAGACUUUUGUUUUCAGGGUCCCUACUCACCCUCCCUCUCCCCCCCUCAAAUGCUGCUUUGCCUCUGUGAAGGGAAGGACAGGCCACAUUCAGGUGCAGGACAAAACAGUCUACCAGCUGCAGUUCAGUGGCCUUCAGAAGGCCAAACCCAUGUGGACAGACUUCUGCAGAAGGAGGACCCCUACUCCACAAGUACCAAUGUAGAUAGUUUUAAGCUGUUGUUCAGAAGAAACUUGUGGUAGCUCCCUCUGUGCAGCUUCCUGUCUUGUGGAAAUUAAAGUUUUCUUUGGGAAAAAA